UAUCGAUAACAAGUCUCCCCCACAGUGCGGCCAAAAUAAUGCGAUUCCUAAAAUGUCUUCUAUUUUCCGUAGUCCUCCUAAGCUACACUGAUGGUUACAAAAUUGUGAUAUUUGUACCAUAUUUUGUCAAUAGUCAGGUUUUAUUCAAUAGCCGUGUAGCUGAGACUUUAUCGAAGAACGGACAUGAAGUCACAAUGGUUAUGGUGGCUGCUCUGGAUGGCUUUGACACAAAAGCUGUGAAAAUUCCAAAACACAUAAAGACCUACAACGUCAAUGCUUCGAUCGGAAUAAAAGCCGAGGCAAUAGAAGAAAUGCUGGAAAAAAAUAUCUUUGAAGACCUCCCGGUAUGGGAUUAUAGGCAGCGUGCGGUUUUUCUUCGCGCCUCAAGUUUAUUUCUUGGAUCUUGUCGAAAGAUGGUAGAAAACAAAGACUUUCUCGAGUGGAUCUCUGGCGAGAAAUUUGAUUUGGCCAUCACUUAUAUUCUGAACGUAUGCCCUGUCGGAAUUAUCCAUCAUGCAAAAAUUCCUGCCUGGAUCUGGCUCAACAGCGCGCCUUUAUUGGACCCCGUGGCCCGUCACAUGGGUGUACCACUUAUUCCCAGCUAUGUUCCACCUGUUAUGAUUGACAGCAGCGAUGUGAUGAACUUCAAGGAAAGGAUUAGAAGUUUCAUAGUGCACAUGCUGUUUGUCCCAAUAUGGAAAAGAAUGAUAGCCGAUAAAGAGACUGCCAUUUACCGAGAAGUGCUCGAACCAAACUUUCCGGAUCUGCUCGAACUAGGGAAGCGCUGUCCACUAGUGAUGGUAAAUACAAAUGAACUGUACGACUUCCCGAGACCAACGCUUGCCAAGAUCGUAAACAUCGGCGGAGUAGGAUUCCAACAGAAAGACGUGAAACCAUUAGAUCCGAAGUUCCAAAAAAUAGUCGAGCAAGCAGAGGGAGUUGUUCUAUUCUCAUUCGGGUCAGUAGCUCCCACUGACAAAAUGCCGAUGACUUGGAAAAACGCUUUCAUCGACGCAUUCAAAAGAUUUCCAAACCAUCACUUUAUAUGGAGAUACGUCGGGAACGAUCUCAAAGAUAAACUCCCGCCAAACGUGCAUACUUUCGAAUGGUUUCCACAAUCAGAUUUAUUACAAAGUCCCAAGACAAAGGCAUUCAUCACGCACGGAGGUUAUAACAGUUUCCAGGAAGCAAUUUUGGCAGGAGUACCGUUGAUCAUCAUACCGCUAUUCGGUGAUCAACCAAGAAAUGCGAGACUGGGUGAAAAGCAUCACUUUGCUGUGAAAAUUCACAAAAGUGAUAUAAGCGCGAAUACAGUGGCAGAGGCACUCGAAAAAGUGCUGUAUGACCAAAGCUAUUCAAGUAAUAUGACACGGAUGUCAAAUAUGGUGAAAAAACAGCCGGUCAAUCCUUCCGACUUGCUUGUUUCAUGGGUUGAAUUUGUGGCCGAGUUCAAAACGCUGGACAAUCUCGUACCCGCAGGCAACAAAUUGAACUUCGUACAGUACCACUCUCUUGAUGUCAUCGCAUUUCUUCUUACUGUUGUUGUAGCGCUCACAUUCAUUGCAUACAAAAUUGUAAAAUUAAUGGUCAAAAAGGCAUUUCCAGCAUUUCCACAGAGGAAAUAUAAAGAGCAGUGAGAGUAGUACAUCAUGGAUUCGUGUUUCCUUUGUAAAUUGUUUUGUAUGUUUUUCUUAGUGUAUAC